CCGGCAGGAACCGCCUCUAAGCCGUGGCGGAGAAAAGUGUCCCGUAACGGGAAGCGGCUGCAGACUUUGGUCCCAGCGGGCGCCGGGAGCCACGAGGCUCCAAGCAAAGGGCAGAGCUGCUGCGCCCGACGCCGACGUCGCCACCACCGCCUCCCCGGAGCCAGGCCAGGCGAGGCUGGGCUGUGCAGCAGAAGCGGCGGCGGCGGCGGCAGCAGCGCCUCUGUCAAUCAGGCGGACUUCCCUCCCGCACGCCGCGCGCUUCCCAGCCAGCCGCCUGCUGGUGCCUCUGCUGCCUUCGCCGGGGAGAGCGGCCGCUCAGCGAGCGCUGGAGAGGAGCAGCAGGAGGAGGGCGGAUGCGCCAGGGCGAGCGCCGGCGGGGCUGAGGGUUCCCCGCCGCGGGCAAGAGGGCGGCGCCGGCUGCCCUCCAAUGUGGCCGGAGCCCCCUGCAGGGCACUUUCGGCAGCCUCCCCAGGCUGCGCGACGCCUGCGAUGGGUCCUCCGGGCGGGAUCGCCGCGCUCCUCGCCGCCGCCGCCUACUGCUGCUGCUGCUGCUCGUGGGCGCUCCUUCUGGCCCCGGGGGCCCCGCAGAGUCCCGGGCAGGGAGAUCAUCUUCUGGGAGAUCUAGAAGAAUACAGUCUUGUCAUUCCAGCUAGCACAGACUCGGAGGGCAGGUUCCUCUCCAAUGUCGUAUCGGGAGCUGCAAAGAGGCGCUUUCGAAGGGACACAGGGGCUUCUCUGCACGAAGCUGCAAGCGAGCCAAUUUUUUACAAUGUCACUGUUUUUGGAAGAGAAUUUCACUUUAGACUGAGACCAAACUCUAGGCUGGUGGCUCCUGGAGCAACUGUUGAAUGGCAGGAGGAUUCCAACCUCACUUACGUUGAACCUCUCCAUGGGAAUUGCCUCUAUGUUGGGGAUAUCACCGACUUGCCUAAUGCUUCUGUGGCGAUAAGCAAUUGUGAUGGGCUGGCUGGCAUGAUUCGCACAGACAAGGACGAGUUCUUCAUUGAACCUCUGCAGAAGGGGAAGCAGGAGGAGGAGGAAGGGAGGACCCACGUGGUGUAUCGCAGGGCAGCCGCCAAGAAAACACUUCCUAGCGAGCAACCAGGUAUCCAGCACAGAGCGGCUGAUCUAAGCAAUCUAGACAGCAUGGUGAACCUCUUGCAAGAUGAAAUCAGCACCUCCAGGAGGAGGAGGAGAUACCCAAGGCAUGCGACGGAUGACGAUUACAACAUUGAAGUGCUUCUAGGUGUUGAUGACUCUGUUGUACAAUUCCAUGGGAAAGAACACGUUCAGAAGUAUCUUCUGACGCUGAUGAACAUAGUUAAUGAAAUCUAUCACGAUGAGUCCUUAGGUGCCCAAAUUAAUGUUGUCCUGGUGAGAAUGAUCAUGCUGAGCCAUGGGAAAUCCACAAGUUUGAUUGAGAUCGGUAACCCUUCUCAAAGUUUAGAGAAUGUGUGUCGCUGGGCCUACUUACAACAGAAACCUGAUACCGGGCAUGCAGAAUAUCAUGACCACGCAAUAUUUCUCACUAGACAGGAUUUUGGCCCCUCUGGUAUGCAAGGCUAUGCUCCAGUUACUGGCAUGUGUCAUCCAGUCCGAAGUUGCACACUGAACCAUGAAGAUGGCUUCUCUUCAGCCUUUGUUGUAGCCCAUGAAACUGGACACGUUUUAGGCAUGGAACAUGAUGGCCAAGGAAACAGGUGCGGGGAUGAAGUCCGGAUGGGAAGCAUAAUGGCCCCUCUUGUGCAGGCUGCCUUCCACCGCUUCCACUGGUCUCGAUGCAGUCAGCAGGAGUUGACCCGAUACCUCCACUCCUACGAUUGUUUGCGUGAUGAUCCAUUUGAUCACGACUGGCCUUCCCUGCCUCAGCUGCCAGGAAUCCACUACUCCAUGAACGAGCAGUGCCGCUUUGAUUUUGGCCUGGGCUACAUGAUGUGCACAGCUUUCCGUACCUUUGAUCCAUGCAAACAGCUAUGGUGUAGUCAUCCCGAUAACCCUUAUUUCUGCAAAACAAAGAAAGGACCUCCACUGGAUGGAACCAUGUGCGCUCCUGGAAAGCAUUGUUUUAAAGGUCACUGUAUCUGGUUAACUCCAGAUAUCUUGAAGCAAGAUGGAAACUGGGGGGCAUGGAGUAAAUUUGGUUCCUGUUCUCGAACCUGUGGAACGGGAGUGAAAUUCAGAACACGACAAUGCGACAACCCACACCCAGCUAAUGGAGGUCGUACAUGUUUUGGACCAAGCUAUGAGUUCCAGCUUUGCAGCACAAACGAUUGUCCUAAAGAGAAUGAAGAUUUCAGAGAGGAGCAGUGCAAACAGUGGGAUCCUUAUUUUGAAUAUCAGAACAAGAAGCACCAUUGGCUUGCAUAUGAGCAUAGUGAUGCCAAAGAAAGGUGCCAUCUCUAUUGUGAGUCCAAGGAAACUAAUGACGUUGUGUAUAUGAAAAGACUGGUGCAUGAUGGAACAAGGUGCUCAUAUAAGGAUCCCCAUAGUAUCUGUGUGCGAGGAGAGUGCCUGAAAGUUGGCUGUGACAAGGUAAUUGGCUCGUCAAAGCAAGAGGACAAGUGUGGUGUGUGUGGUGGAGACAACGCCCAUUGCAAAGUGGUGAAAGGCACAUUCUCCAGGGCACCAAAGAAGCAAGGUUAUAUCAAGAUGUUUGAAAUCCCAGCAGGUGCACGGCACUUGCUAAUACAAGAAUCGGAUGCCUCCAUUCAUAAUCUUGCUAUCAAGAACCGAGAAACAGGGAAAUUUAUUUUGAACGAAGAGAACUACGUGCCAGACUCCAAAGUGUUUGUCAACAUGGGCGUAGAAUGGGAGUAUCGGAACGAUGAGGAUAGGGAAAUGGUGCAAACUAUGGGCCCCUUACGUAAUGGAAUCACCGUUCUGGCAAUUCCUCAUGGUAACGUCAAGAUUACACUGACUUACAAGUACAUGAUCCAUGAAGACUCUUUGAAUGUUGACAACAACAAUGUUCUGGAAGAUUCAGUAACAUUUGAGUGGGCUUUGAAAAAGUGGUCACAGUGCUCAAAACCCUGUGGAGGAGGUCAUCAGUUUACAAAAUAUGGUUGUCGGAGGAAGACUGACCACAAGAUGGUUCAUCGCAGUUACUGUGAGUCCAUCCAGAAACCAAAGCCCAUUCGCAGAGUGUGUAAUCUCCAGGAAUGUUCCCAGCCAAUAUGGGUUACAGGAGACUGGGAACCUUGCAGCAAAAGUUGUGGGAAAACAGGAUAUCAGGUACGUUCUGUCCGCUGCAUCCAACCGCUGCACGAUAACACAAACCGCUCUGUCCAUGCCAAAUACUGCAACAGCGAUCGCCCAGAGGGCAGAAGGGUUUGCAACCGGGAGCUUUGCCCUGCGCAGUGGCGGAUAGGACCCUGGUCACAGUGUUCUGUAACCUGUGGUAAUGGUACACAAGACAGACAAGUUCUGUGCAGGACAAGAGAAAACGUUAUUGGCUUCUGUAAAGAAGACAAGCCAGAGACAAGGAGGUUAUGCAUUCUACCUUUGUGUCCCAGAAAUUCAUCUGAUACAUCAAAGAAAACUUACAGGAUACAAUGGCUGUCAAGACCGGACCCAGAUUAUCCCAUCCAGAAAAUAUCUUCAAAAGAACGUUGCCAAGGAGACAAGUCAACGUUUUGUCGCAUGGAAGUUCUCUCUCGGUACUGUACAAUUCCUGGUUACAAUAAACUAUGUUGCAAGUCUUGUAAAAUGUACAGUAACAAAACAGGAAGUGGAAACUCAACAGAACCCAACCAUAGCAAGGUUAACGAUAUCGAAGAGGCUACCUCUCCCACACUUACAACACCUGUUGACGUUCACAUCCCACAUACCACUUCAGGCCCACCCAUUGUUCCCAAGAUAAGCAUCACUGGUUCCAAUGCAACUGAAGAUCGGCCAGAAGGCAACAUAGUAGAUGUUCCGUAUAAAAUUCACGGACUGGAAAAUGAAGUGCCACACCACAAUAUCAUCUUGCGGAGGAGACCACCUUACGAACGGACAAGGAACCAAAGAAUUCAAGAGCUGGUGGCUGAAAAAAGGAAACAAGAAAUGCUCAGGAAAUUGCAUUAAAAUGGAAAGAUAACACAAAGUUGUUUUCCUCUCUUAUAGAGAGAUGCUACCACCGCUGCAGCAAAGCCCAUGUCAUCAUAGAGACUUAGAUACAAAUAGUGGUGCUAUGGCAGAAAUGCCAAAUGCUAUAGCCUGCAAUAAAAAGGAAAUUUGGGAUUAUUUAAGUUAAUAUAAAUGUUAUAAUGGCUAGGGUUACAAGGUGCGACAGAUACUAGUGCAAUAUCCUCAUAGGUUUCACUGCUACUUAGCGGUGGUGCCUCGCUAAGGUCAGCAGGGUUCUUUUGUGGGCUCUCUUGCGCCCUCAGUGUAUGUUCUUGAGUCCAACAGAACAUUUCUGGGGUGCACUCUGUAGAAUUAAGAAGAGAUUCUAAUAGCUUGAUCCAAAUCCCUCAGCAAUGUUUGGAGGCCUACUGACAGAACCUCAGCUUCAGGGAAGCACAUGUCUGGUUUUUUUAAAAAAUAUAUAUAUCAAGUCCUACCUAUACUUAUUUGGAAAUAAGUUCAAUUUAUUUCAGUGGAACUUAUGUCAAAGUCAGUGUGCUGGAAUCUGGUGUGCCAUUUUUGCCUGUCUUUCCAUUGAAUUAAAUGGUGGUGCUACCAUACUCAGACGGCAGCAUAAAAUGGGCUACCAUGAUAUAAAGGACCUAAUUCAGAUCCUGUUUCAGGAAUCAAGCAUAAAUCAAGCUUUCUGUUAACCACUUGAAAGACAAAAGUAGGUCAGAAUUGAUGCCACGUAUGAGGGACGUGGGUGGCACUGUGGGUUAAACCACAGAGCCUAGGACUUGCCGAUCAGAAGGUCGG